CCAACUCUCGACCCUGCUCUCGACCCUCCCUUCCCAACACACCGUGCAAUUGCAUAGCACGUACGCACCAUAUAGAUAUACAUAUACAGUCAAAAGACGGUCUCCCACUGACUUAGAAGCUUCAAGAGGGGCACGAUCUAUCAACCACAGCAACGUCGCUAGAAAGUGGAAUAGAGCCGGCGGGUCAUAAUGGAGGGCGCAUUACAAACUUAUAUCAGCGUGCCUGUGGGAUCUCCAGAAAGCGACAACGCGGCAGAAGUGGUGGUGCAGGGAGUCAAUGCGGGCGAAGUUGCACUAUUGACUUUAGUGGAGCAGCUGGGGCCUCAGUUGACGAAUACGGACCCAUUUGUCCGCGCCAAAGCUGUUGGACUGUUGUCAUCGAUUCUGACGACCUGCCCCAGCGAGCGGAUUGGAUCCACAGCAGCUAGUGUGCUGUUGACGUUCUAUCUGGAGCGCCUGCAAGAUCAGCCCAGCGUAGCGCAGGUCUUGAAAGGGAUACAAGCCUUACUGAAGGCGGAAUUGGUGAAAUCCGAAGAUGCGGGGAAGAUACCGACAGGCAUCUUCACUGAGCUAGCCGUCCAGACCUUUCAACAAACAGUGCGGCACUCUGUCUUUGAAAUUUUCGACCUGCUAUUACGAAACCAUCUGCAAGUGGUCCAGCAAAUGGGCUCUGACUUCGUCGCCGGCUACAUCCAAGCCAUGGACGGGGAAAAGGACCCUCGCAACCUCCUGCUAGCGUUCCGUAUUGUUCGAACAAUGGUUGAGACGCUGGACUAUGCAAAGUUCACAGAAGACCUCUUCAGCGUUGUGUUCUGUUACUUCCCCAUCACCUUCCGUCCGCCACCAGACGAUGUGUACGGCAUCACCGCCGACGAUCUGAAACUCGCGCUCCGGAAUUGUAUAUCUGCGACCCCGUUGUUCGCCCAGUAUGCGAUGCCGUUGUUGCUUGAGAAGCUGGCGAGCGCGUCCGGCAGUGCGAAACGGGAUGCUAUGGAGACGUUGACCGCGUGUGCGCCGGUGUACGGGCCAGAUGCUUUCAUCCCGCAGGCGGAGCAUCUGUGGAACUACUUGAAAGAAGAGAUCUUCAGGACGGCGGAUGAUCACAACAUUGCGGCAGCCCUCGCCCUUGUCAACGCCAUUACCGUCGCGCUCUCCAGCGCUACGGUCUCAUCGACCAGUGCAAAGUCUCCUCUGGAGGCCUUCUUGGAGCUGGCUGUGAAAGACUCGAUACAUAAUUUUAGGGAUCCGGAACUGAAAUACGGCAAACUGAGCGGGAAGAUGCUCGUUGCUGCUGCCUCUGCUUCAGAUCCCGCAUGCCAUUACGUCUUGAACGCCCUUGUGAACCCACUCCUAGAGCAGUGCUCUAUGCAAAACCUCCCAACCCGUCAGAAAAGCCUUCUCGAAGUCCUAACCGAGUUCAUCAAAGCCGGCCAGAUCGUCUACGGCGUCACCAACGCAGACACCAUGGACAUGGACGACGUCACCAGCAACCCCAUCCUCACCUUCAAAGACCGCCUAUUCCAAGUCUACAUCGCAGCAAGCGCCUCCGAGAGCGAGUACAUGCUUUUACGCCGGGAAGGUUUCCGCGGGCUCGCGGCGCUGAUGAUGUCCCGCCAAGUCCUCGCGGAUAUCGAGAUCAACGUCGCGGUGGAACAACUCAACCAGGCCGUCGUGCGCGGCAAGGACCAGGAGAUCCGGCAAGAAGCACUUACCGCACUCGUGACGUACGGGACAGUGAAACCGGGGGUGAUACUUCAAAAAACUUUCCCGGCCCUAUUCCGUGAACUCCCCGUCGGCAACAUCCCCACCGAAUCCAAUCACGUCCCCAACGUCCUCCUCGCCAUUCUCGCCCUGUCUUCCAUCCCCGACCUGCAAAUGGCCAGCACCCAACGUCUCCUCGAGCGGCUCGACAGUGUCGGGAACCUGCAAAAUCACCAGGAACCCGCACUGCAGUACGCGGAAUCAUUGUCGAAAACGAUCCGCUCGAUUAUUGAAGAUGCGGCGAAAACUUCGCCUGUGGAUCCGACUGUUGACCUGGAUAUGGCGGAGAGUAUCAUCAAGCCGUUCUUGGCGAGGGUUGUUACGGCGUCGUAUCAUAGCGAGGUGUUGUUGAAUCAUCCGCGGAUUUUGGUGAAGUGGGCGAGGAUUUUUGGGGCGGUUAUGCGGGGGAUGGAUGUUGGAUCGCAACAAGCCGUCCUGAACACCGCCAUCGAGCUCUUUGUCAAGGGCGGCACUUCGACCGUCACCGCUAUGGCGCAAACUCAGGGACCCUUUGCACCUCUUCAGCCUGAUGCGCCAGAGAGACAGACACGGCUCGCUAUCCUGUUCAGCGCGUUGCUUUGUAAUUGCAGGCCAGCGACCGCGAUCCCCGUCCCCGAUCUUGGACAAUUCCUGGCCGACCUGCUGGAACGCGCCUUGCGCAGUUCGGACACACAGUUUGCGGAAGCGUUGGCUAAAGCUGCUGCUUCGAUUUUGAACAAAAUCGGCAAUGACGCACAAAUAGCGACAUUCGCGUCGGGUCCGAUCAUGGCGCAGCUCGAGUCUGCCCUCUGCGACGAAACCGCGCCCAUCGAGCGUAGACGGGUCUACAUUUUGGUUUACUCCUGGAUUGUCCGCGCAUUAAUCAUCAGGGCACACACCCUCGGCUUCGAAAAGUCACUGCAAGUCCUGCGACUUCUCGAGACGCCCGCAGGGCUGGAUGCGGCAAAGGGGUUAGGGAUUAUUGUGCAGGAUGCGGAGGAUGGGACGUUGACGAAGAAGGGGUUUGCUGUUGUUAAGCUGUUGUAUAAGCAACGGUUCUUUGGACAUUGUGUGCCGUUGCUGGUGCAGGGGUUCCAGCAAGGGGAUGCGGCAACAAAAUCAACCUGCCUCGUGGCCCUCUCGCACCUGCUCAAGAACGUCCCCAAACAAAUCGUCUCCAACUCCCUCCCACAGCUCUUCCCGCUCCUCCUCUUUUCCCUCUCGCAGCCCAACGCGGAUCUGAAGCUCGCUACCCUCGACACGUUGCAGUCGCUGAUUGGGGACGAUGGAGGCGUCGUGGCGCCGCAGAUCUCGUCGAUUGUGGCGGCGUUGCUGAAGAUUGGUACUGCCGCGGGGGUGGAGGAGGGGGAUACUAUGGCCGUCCGCGUCACCGCCCUCAAGAUCCUCGGCGAGCUGCCCAAGAAGUUCGACUAUGCGCUGCUGUUCCCGCACAAGCCCGAGGUGCUUCGGCGGCUGAACGUGGCGCUAGACGAUCCUAAACGCGUUGUGCGUAGGGAGGCGGCAAGUACGCGUAAUCGCUGGUUUCUGUUGUUGGGGAGGUAGUCUCGUCAGUAGGGAGAUAAUGGUGAGGAGAGUUAGAUAUAGACGCAUGAGCAUUCUUCCUUUUCUUUUAAUCAUCAGUAAAGGAAGUUCGUUCAUUUUCGGGCGGCGUAACGGGGUAGCGCUUGAUGUACUGUACAUAGAUUAGUGCGCAUGCUGUAAGCCAUAUCAGCUAAACUCAAGCAUGCAUUGCAGUAUCUCGCCAUGGGCCGAAUGAAGCAUGAUCCUGAAG